AUGGCGAAUUCAUCAAAUAGAUCUGAAAGCCAAGAAAUGAAGGCAUCUUUGGGAGGGUGCAGUGAUGUAUUAUUGCCUAACCGAGCUCAACCAGCUCAACAAGUUAUACCACCUCCCCAAGGAGCUCAGGCUGUAGAUGGUCGCUUUGACCUAAAUUUAUUGCCUGAGGAGGAAGAAGGUGACCAACUACUGGUGGCUGCUGAGGAACCACCAUUGACCAAUGAUCAACAUCAACCACCACCCGCAGCAUAUCAAGAUCAACCACCAGCCACGACUGAUCAAGGUUCGCCACGAGCUGGGGCUGAUCAACAGCAGCCACCACCAAGUGUGGCUGAUCAACAGCAGCCACCACCAAGUGUGGCUGAUCAAGGUCAGCCACCAGUUGUGGAAAGAGGAGAUCUACAAAGACCAAAACGCGGUCGAGAAAGAUCUGGGCCUUCUGGUUCGGUCACAAUUGACAUUGAUAGGCCAGAUUGGUUGCCUAUUGAGUGGCGGGUCUCUGCCUCAAUGCGCCUAAAUGGUCGGACUACUGGUUUCGUUGACAAGAUUUAUAUAAGCCCGGAAGGAGAAAAGUUCCGGUCUAAGAAGCAAGCUCUCCGUUCGAUUACAAGAAAUAAUGGUGAAAAUAAUAAUUUGUAA